GCGUUCCAAUUUUUCAAAUUUAUCAAGAAAAAAAAAACAAAAAAAAAGAACUGAAAAAUUCAAGGCGCUAUACUUAAAACUAAAUCUAGCAAAGCAGCGUUUACUUAGAACUCCGCGCUUUUGUGCACAAGAACACAAAAGCCAGCUCGGCACAACAAACAGAAACCAUUGAAAUAAUUGCACACGCACACACACACAGCCAUGAGCGAUAACAGCGAUUCGAGCGCUCCCCUGGCCGAUUUCACGAUUCCGCCACCAGCGGACGAAGAGAAAUUUGUGCCUUUGGCUGACUUGAAAACCAUGAGCGAACCUGCUGCAGCAACAACACCAACAACAACAACAGCAACAACAGCUACGAGUGUUGCUCCGAGCAGCAACACAACAGCUGCGAGUGCCACGCCCACAACAAAUGACACAGCUGUGGCCAAGCCGGCUGGCGAUGCGGACGAUGGAAUUUUCUCAAUCAUCUAUAGAGUGGGCAAGAAAAUUGCCAUCGUUGGCUCGAUCUAUCUGGUCGGUUAUAUGGGCUGGUCGGUAGCCUGGCUUAUAGCGCCAGUGAUACUCUCGGUGGCGCGGGAUCAACUGACAAAGACAUCGGCCAAGAAGCGCGACAUUGCCAAAGCCUCGGCCCUGGCCUCUGAGAAGGAUGUGAUUCUGGCACGCAUUGAUGAGCUGCCAGCCUGGGUCUAUUUUCCAGAUGUCGAGCGUUGUGAGUGGCUGAACAAGAUACUCAAGCAAGUGUGGCCCAAUGCCAAUCACUUUGCCCGCACCCUAGUCAAGGAGACGAUCGAGCCAAAUGUGGCGCUCGCGCUCUCCAAUUAUAAAAUGAAUGGCUUCCGUUUUGAUCGCAUCAUACUGGGUACGAUACCGCCACGUAUUGGCGGCGUCAAGAUCUAUGACAAGAAUGUGGAUCGCAAUGAGAUUAUCAUGGACUUGGAUCUGUUUUACGCGAGCGAUUGCGACAUCAACUUUUACUUGGGUGGCAUGAAAGGCGGCAUCAAGGAUUUCCAAAUACAUGGAUGGGUGCGCGUGGUUAUGAAGCCACUCAUACGUUCGAUGCCCCUGGUUGGUGGCCUGCAAAUAUUCUUCCUAAACAAUCCCAAUAUCGACUUCAAUUUGGUGGGCGUUAUUGAUUUCAUGGACAUGCCGGGACUGAGUGAUCUGCUCCGACGCAUUAUUGUGGAACAAAUAGGCAAUGUGAUGGUGUUGCCAAACAAGCUGCCCAUCUCGUUAAGCGAUGAGGUUUCGGCUGUGGCUCUCAAAAUGCCCGAACCGGAGGGCCUGUUGCGCAUACACGUUGUGGAGGCCAAGGAUCUGAUGAAGAAGGACAUUGGCGUCCUGGGCAAGGGCAAGUCCGAUCCCUAUGCCAUCAUCAAUGUGGGCGCCCAGGAGUUCAAGACGCAAAUCAUUGACAACAAUGUGAAUCCGAAAUGGUAUUAUUGGUGCGAGGCGUCUAUUUUUACAACCACACAACACUAUGUUGGUUUUUCUUUAUGGGACUAUGAUCAAACAAUGCCAGGUGUACAGAGCGAUGAUCUAUUGGGCAGAUGCUCCAUCGAUAUAUCGAAUGUGGUUAAGAAAGGCGUCCUUGAUACAUGGCUGACCCUGGAAGAUGCUAAACACGGUCUAUUGCACGUACGCCUUCAGUGGUAUAAGCUCACGGCUGAUCCGAACGACUUGCCCCAGAUACUGCAGGAAACCAAAUUGUUGCGUGUCACGAGCAUGAGCGCUGCCGUUCUGACCGUCUUCAUCGACUCGGCACGCCACCUGAAGCAAGCGCGUUCCAGCUCCAAGCCGGAUCCCUAUCUGGUGUGCAGUGUGAACAAACAGAAGAAUCAGACUGCCAUGAUAAUGCGCGAUGAUUCGCCGGUGUGGGAGCAGGGCUUCACUUUUCUCGUCCAGAAUCCCGAGAAUGAGACUCUGAACAUUAAAAUAUAUGACCAGAAAACUGGCAACGAUAUUGGACAGUAUGCCUAUUCUUUAAGCACACUUCUGAAGCAAUUCAACAUGGAGGUCAUCCAGCAACCGUUCCAACUACAAAAGUCGGGACCAGAGUCCAAACUGUACAUGUCCCUGUCGCUGCGCAUCUUGAAGGCUGGCGAGAUUGACAAGGAGGGCGAUCCAAUAGAACAGGCGGGGUCACUAACGCGCAGCAGCUCGGUGAAGACUCCAGACGGCUCUCUAGGCAACAAGGAUCCACUGGCCCUCAACAAGCGUCUAUCAUCGGAAGCGCCCAUUGGCGAAGAGGAGCAACCCGUAGCAGCGAAAAUCUCCCCAUCACUAUCCGCGUCUACGCCCCUGGAGAAACCAUACACAGCCGCCCUGGCCGUGGGUGAGAUGGCCGGCUCGUUGCUGACCCAUCGCUUUCCCGAAACUACCUCAACGAGUGGCGAGCACAAUCUGGGCCGUAUACAGCUCUCUAUACGCUACAGCGAAAGUCGCCAGACACUCGGAGUCACUAUACACAAGAUAAUGAACAUACCGCUGCGCGAUCCCUCGAAUAUACCUGAUCCAUAUGUGAAGCUCUAUUUACUGCCGGGUCGCAGCAAAGACUCCAAGCGCAAGACCAGUGUGAUCAAGGACAAUUGCAACCCCGUCUAUGAUGCCGCAUUCGAGUACCAGAUAUCCGUUGCCGAGCUCAUGCAGACCGAGCUCGAGGUCACGGUGUGCACGCAGAAGGGUUUUCUGUCCGGCGGCAGUCCCAUCAUUGGCAUGCUCAAAGUACCUCUGGAUAAUGGAGAAAUAAUAAAGAACACGGGCCUGAACACAUGGUUCGAUUUGCAACCUGAGCAGAAGCACGAGUGAAGAAACCAAAUCCUUGAACAGCACAGCAUAAUUAAAUGCACGGAAGGAAUAUCUAUGUAUUUGUAUUUGUAUUUAUUAUAAAGCGUAUAAUUUACUUUCAAAA